UGGGGCUGCUCACAGGUACAAACAGCUGGGAAAGAAUAAGAGCAGGACCAGCAUUCGAUUGGAAGGAGUGGACUCUUGAAUUGCCACGAAAAUGCCGCUGCGCUUCGCGUCAUGCGUAUGUCGGAGUGUUGGAGGACUUCGACUGCAUAAGUAAUUUUCGUUGAGGAGGGCUGUUUUAUUACACCGAGACUCUCUGGUACCUGGAGUUUAGCCCGAAAUGACCAGCCGGCACCUGGCUAAUCUGUCCCAAGUGUGGGAAAAAUUCAUAGACUGCAGGAUGCACGGAGCCGAGCCACAGGUUAGUCUGCAGUGCUUGGAGCGCUUCCUGUGCCUCUUCCACUGUGUCCAGCGCCUCCACGACCCCGAGACCAAGGAUGCUGUGAAGUUCUGCUCAGACAUGAGUGGUGCCAGUAACACCCUGGCCCGGGAGUUCUUGACAGAUGUGCACCAGCUGUGCAGCACUGUGGCCCAGCGGGCGGAGGCCCGAGAGGAGGAGGAGGAAGAGAGCCACAUGGUGGCACUGGGGGAGUACCUGGUCAGGGGUCGAGGAUUCCUGUUACUCAGCACCCUGGAUUCUGUCAUCGACCAGGAGCUGACCUGCCGGGAGGAGCUGCUGACCCUGCUGCUGUCCCUGCUGCCGCUGGUCUGGAAGAUCCCUGUGCCGGAGGAGAAAGCCCCGGGCUUCACGCUGCCCUCGCUGCUGGAUGUGUUCUUCAGCCGGGAGGGCAAGGCGGUCCCUCUGAGGUCAGGGCAGGAGAAGGCCGGCUCGGAGGCGCAGGAGGCCGGGAAGAGCUCCUUGGGCAGCUGGAGGUGGCGGCGGCAGCGCAGGACCGCCCAGCGCUACUCAGUGAGAGAUGCGCGCCAGUCCCGGCUGUCCACGUCUGAUUCUGACGCCAACUCCGAUGACAAGGCGGCCGGCCCCGCGGGGAAGCACCGGCGCUCCCACGGCCUGACCCUGCCGGUCAGCUGUCAGCACCACCGCUCGGAACCCCGGUCCGCCAUGCAGCCACCCCCAGCGGACACCACAGGCGCCCCCGAGAAGGCCGAGCCCUGCCAGUGGCUCCUGGGCUCCCAGCCGCCGGACUCGGAGACGCUGACCGACCCGGCCGCCCUCUCCAUCUUCAACCGCAUGGAGAACUCGCCCUUCGACCUGUGCUACGUCCUGCUGUCCCUGCUGGAGAAGGUCUGCAAGUUCGACAUGACCCUCAACCACAGCCCCGGCCUGGCCGCCAGCGUCGUCCCCACGCUCACGGAGAUGCUGACGGAGUUCGGGGACUGCUGCGGGCCGGGCGGCGGCGGAGGGGCGGGGGUGGAGGACCUGGCCGGGGGGUGGACCGAGGAGCCCAUCGCCUUGGUCCAGAGGAUGCUCCUGCGCACCGUCCUGCACCUGAUGUCCGUGGACGUGGGACAGGGCGACGCCCUGCCUGACCACCUGCGCCGGAACCUGACCGACCUGCUGCGGGCCACCCUGAAGAUCCGCAGUUGCCUGGAGAAGCAGGCCGACCCCUUCGCCCCGCGGCCCAAGAAGACCCUGCAGGAGGUGCAGGACGACUUCUCCUUCUCCCGCUACCGGCACCGAGCCCUGCUGCUGCCGGAGCUCCUGGAGGGGGCGCUGCAGGUGCUGCUGGGCUGCCUGCAGGCCUGCGCCCCCAACCCCUUCUUCUUCAGCCAGGCGGUGGAGCUGGUGCACGAGUUUGUGCAGCACCGCGGCCUGCAGCUGCUGGAGGCCACCGUGCUGCGGCUGGAGAGCCCGGCCGUGCGGGAGUCGGAGGCGAGCGCCGAGGCGUCCGAGCGCUCGCGGGGCAUCCUCGGCGCCGUGCUCAAGAUCGUCAGCGCCAUCAAGAAGACCAAGUCCGAGCAGCUGCACCAGUCGGUGUGCGCCCGCCGCCGGCACCGUCGCUGCGAGUACUCCCACUUCCUGCACCACCACCGCGACCUGUCGGGGCUGCCCGUGUCCGCCUUCAAGCAGGCCGGCCGCCGCGACCCCUUCGAGGAGGAUUCGGGGGAGGUGCGCUAUCCGGAGCGCUGCUGCUGCCUGGCCGCCUUCGCCCACCAGUGCCUGCGCCUCCUGCCGCGCCUGCCCUCCACGGGCGCCGGCUGCCUGCAGAUCCUGGCAGGACUGCAGGCCGUGGGCAUCUGCUGCUGCAUGGACCCCCGCUCGGUGGUGGGGCCGCUGCUGCACGCCUUCCGCGCCCCGGGCCUGCACAGCUACCAGGCCCACGUGCUGGCCAUCCUCAGCCGGCUGCUGCUGGAGCAGCUGGGCGGGGGCCAGCCCUCGGAGAGGGCGAAGCAGGCCUCCUGCAACAUCUGCACGCUGGACAGCAGCCAGCUGCCCGGGCUGGAGGAGACCCUGCAGGGGGCGGAGCCGGCCGCCCCCUGCCCCAGCCCCUCUUACCGCUCCCAGGGCAUCCUGCCCAGCGGCAGCGCCGAGGACGUGCUGUGGAAGUGGGACGCCCUGGAGGCCUACCAGGACCUGGUGUUCAGCGAGGACCGGCAGCUGAGCCUGCAGGUGGCCGGGCACGUGUGCCACCUGACGCUGCGCGGAAACGCCGCAGUACAGUGGCAGCUCUACACCCACAUCUUCAGCCCCGUGCUGCAGCGGGGCGUGGAGCUGGCCCACCACGCCCAGCAGCUGGGCGUCUCCACCGCCUGUGCCCAGGCCUGCAGCUACCACAGCCAGUGCCUGCCCAUCGAGGUGCUGCAGGUCUACCUGCAGACGCUGCCCGCGCUCCUCAAGUCCAGGGUGACCCGAGACAUGUUCCUGAGCUGCAACGGGCUGAACCAGGUGACGGAGCUGAUCUACCUGGACCCGACGCGCUCGUGGGCGCUGAAGGUGUUCGAGACGCUGAUCCUGAGCGUGGGGGAGGGGCAGGCCGACACCCUGCUGCAGGAGCUGGAGAGCGCUGAGGCGGAGGAGCUGGCCGAGGGGACGGGUACGGGGCCGAGGGGGGUCGGGGAGGCCCAGCAGAGCCUCAGCAAGUUCUACGAGGGGCUGCGAGAGGCCUGUCCCCGGCGCCGGAGCAGGUCCGGGACGGGGCCCGGAGCCGGGGGUGGGGCGGUGCGCAGCUGGAGUGAGGCCCACGUCAACGCCAUCAACCUCUUCCUGUGCGUGGCCUUCCUCUGCGUCAGCAAGGAGGCCGACUCAGACCGCGACUCGGUCAACGACUCGGAGGACACCUCGGGCUACGACAGCACGGCCAGCGAGCCCCUGGGCGGCCGCCUGCCCUGCCUCUCCCCCGACAGCGUGGUGCUGCCCUCCAAGGAGCAGGUGCGGCGGGCGGCCGACGUCUGGUCCAUGUGCCGCUGGAUCUACCUGUCCAGCGCCGUCUUCCAGAGGCAGUUCUACAGGCUGGGGGGGCUGGAGGUCUGCUCCCGCCUCAUGACCAUGGUCAUCCAGAAGCUGGCCUCCAAGACCAAGGAUGGGAAGGCCAAGAAGAAGAGAGAGGCUAAGGGCAAGGCCAGCCCGUCACACGCAGACCUACCUGGGCCUGUCCCAGCAGAGCCUGGUCCUGUGUCACCCAAACAGAUGGAUGGAGCCCAGCAGGGCCCCGCAGAUUCCCUCAGCUCAGGGCAGAGUGAGCCCAGGAGCAGGGACCCGGCCAGGAAGCUGGAGGAGGAGUGGCCUCUUCAGAGCAUCCGGCUGUUGGAGGCCCUGUUGGCCAUUUGUCUGCAUAGCGCCAGCUCAGCUAUGCAGAGGACUGACCCCGAGCUGCCCUCACAGCUGCAGUCGGUGGAGGAGACCCUGGCUGAAGUGCGGGACCAGCUCUCCCGCUCGGGAGCCGUGUGCUCCGAGCUGGCAGUGCCGCUCUUCGACUCCCUGCUGCGCGUGGCCCUCGCUGAGGUCGGCGUCGGUCCCGACACGCCGGAGGAGAAGAACGAGCGGAAGCUACAGCUGGGAGUGGAGCUGGCAGCUCCAGCGGGAGACUUGUCGGAGGAAGCGGAAGAGGCCCAAGGUUGCGGUCUGCGGCCCCUGGGCGGGGAGGAGGGCUACGAGGCCGACAGCGAGAGCAACCCCGAGGACAACGGCGGCCGGGAGGAAGGUGAGAGGGCGGAGUUGGCCCCGCCGGGGGAGUGCGCGUUCGGGGCGGCGGCGGAGGGACCCUGCAGGGGGGUGCUGCUCUUCCCGGAGAUCUGCACCAUGGAGCUGCUGCUGCUGUCCGCCUGCUCGCCGGAGCUGGAGGUGCUCCGCCACGUGUUCCACAGCCUGCUGAGAGCCGUGCACAGCAACGCCCGCAACGCCACGCUCCUCUACCAGCAGGGGGCUGUGAAGACCAUUCUGGCAGGAUUUCAGAACAUCCUGAACCACUCGGACUCCUCGGCUGAAGAGUGUCAGGCCAUAGUAGUCGAGCUGCUGGUUGCCAUGGUGAGUGAUCGCAUCACUGCAGAGGAGCUGGCCAUGCUGGUCCGCCUCUUCCUGGAGAAGACCCCUGCCACUGAGAUCUUACUGAAGGGAAUCCUCCGGAUCGUGGAGGCCAACAUGGACAUGGAGCCGCUGCAGUUCCUGUCCUUCCCCCUGGUGCCCAGCGCUUCCACGCCCAGCGGCGUCUCCCCCGGCCACCGGCAGAACGGGGCGGCGGGGGGCAAGGGCGUGGGGCUGCUGUGGAGGGGCAAACUCUCCCCGGGGCGCAGGGAGGGGGACGGGGAGACCCGCCCCGUUCACCAGCUCACCUCUCCCUGGCACGUGGCUCCUGUCCACCUGCCCCUGGUGGGGCAGAACUGCUGGCCUCACAUGGCCAACGGCUUCAGCGUGUCCCUGUGGCUGAGGGCCCAGACCAGCACGGCCGAGGAGAGCCCCGGCGACAAGGGCAAAAGGCCCAAGAGGAGGCCGACGGCACUGCGGGACAGCAGCAUGGACAGCAUAGAGGAGGAGAAGUCUCCGGUGUCAGAGCACCUGGGUCCGCCCCGCUCUGGGGACAGGCUGGUGGAGGAGGGCUUUGUACACCUGGCCUCACUGGGCUCCAAGGCCCUGAUGCUGCAGGUGUGGGCCGACCUCACCACCGGCACCUUAUUAUUCAGGAUUUGCGUCGAUCCCAACGAUGAGAUGAAGGCCGGCCUGCUAGCCCAGGCCGAAUCAGAGGAGGCACUGUUGAGCCUAGACCGAUGGCAACACCUGGCCCUCACCUACACCCAGCAGCCUGAGGGCAAGAAGAACGUCCAUGGCACGCUGGUGGUCUGGGUGUGCGGUGUGAGGAAGUGUGAAGUGUCUCUGGACUACACCGUGCCCAGGAAGCCCAGCCUGUCCUCUGACAGUAACAAGACCUUCUGCAUGCUGGGGCACUGUCUGCACUCCGCUGAGGAGCUACCCAGGCUCGGAGGCCGCUGGGAUGUGGGUAGCAUGCUGCUCUUCAAUGGCUCCCGGAUCGGCUCAGAGGAGGCCUUCUACCUGUAUGCCAGCGGGCCGGACUGCACCUCCAUCAUGCCCUGCAGGUACGGCAAGCCCAGCGUCAAGCUGUCCAAGUAUGUGACGCAGGAGGGGCUGCAGUGCCAGCAGGUGCGUGACAUGCUGAUGAAGAGCAAGGAGGUGGACGCCGCGCCGCUCAUCGAGAGUUUGGCGGUGGUGUACACCCCCAGCUGCCCCAGCCACUACACCAUCUACGAGCCGGUCAUCCGGCUGAAGGGCCAGGCCAAGACGGUGGUGUCACAGCGGCCUUUCAGCGCCCGGCCGGUGCAGAGCGGCGCGCUGGACCCCCAGCUCCUCAGAGCCCUGAGGCCCGAGGACUCACAGGGGCUCCAGAGCGUUCUGCACAAGAUCGGAGGCACCGGCACCUUCAUCUUCCUCUUUGCCAGGGCUGUGGAGCUCAGUGACUGUGAGAAGACCCAGGCCCUGGCCCUGCAGAUUCUGCUGUCUCUGGUCAAGUACAACCAGCACCGCGUCCAGGAGAUGGAGAGCUGUCACGGCUACUCCAUGAUCCACCAGGUCCUCAUCAAGUCCAAGUGCAUUGUGGGAUACCACAUACUCAAGACUCUGCUUGACGGCUGCUGCAGCAGGGAGAUCCUGACGCUGGGAGAGGACGGGCAGUUCUGCCUGGACACUGAGUCCAACGCCGUGGUCCAGGACCUAAGGCUGCUGUCAGAAGUGCUGUUGGACUGGAAGAUCUGGGCCAAGGCUCAGAGCGGUGUGUGGGAGACCCUGCUAGCAGCGCUGGAGAUCCUCAUCAGGGUGCACCACCCCCAGCAGAUGUUCAACAUCCGCCAGCUCCUCAAGGCCCAGGUGGUCCACCGCUUCCUGCUCACCUGCCAAGUGCUGCAGGAGCACCAGGACGAGCACCUGACCUCCAUUCCCCAGGAGGUCUGCCUCUCCUUCGUCAAGAUCAUCCAGGAAGUGCUGGGCUCUCCGCCGGACCUGGACCUGCUCAGGCUCAUUUACAACUUCCUGCUUGCUGUGCACCCAGCCACCAACACCUACGUGUGCCACACUCCGACCAGCUUCUACUUCUCACUGCACAUCGAUGGAAAGCUGUACCUGGAGAAGGUGCAGUCCAUCAUGUUCCUGAGGCACUCCAGCGGUGGGGGGAAGUCUGCGGGCAGCUCCGUCCUCUCGCUGUCUCCCACCGGCUUCGCAGUGGCGCCCCCCGAAGAUCCUGCCCAACUCCCUUCCCCAGAGCAGGAGGCUGAGGGUCAGUCUCUCCACACCCCCAGCGAGGCACCCUCGCCCCAGCCCUCCCUGCUGCUUCCAUCCCGCCUGGCCCACGGGGGGUCGGGCGAGGCCACGGAGCCCGACAGCGAGCCGGAGCCGGCAGGAACGCCGCAGGCGCUGGGCAGCACGGAGACCCUGAAGAGGGGCGGGGACGGGCAGCUCCUGAGCAGCUGCGACUCCACCAGGACCAUCUGCAACUCGGCGGAGCCCGGUGAGGGCUCCCGCCCGCCCUCCCUCAGCGCCGAAGGGGAGGAGGAGGAGGAGGAGGAGCUGGAGGAGCGCGAGGAGGCAGAGGAGAGCCUGGCUGACGGGAGCGGCGGCGCUGAGUCCGAGGACCACUUCGACUCCACCAGCGAGGAGGCCCUGCGGAGACCCGACAGCUUGAAGGGCAUCCAGUCCCUCCAACGGAGCCAGAGCAACCUGGCCAGCCUGGGCCUGGCCUUCCCCGCACAGAACGGCUCCCUGGCCGUCGGGCGCUGGCCCAGCCUGGCUGACCGCGGCGUGCUGCCCGAGGACUGGGAGAGCUACACCUACUCCCCCGGGUACGAGAGAGCCCACAGCAAGGCAGACUCCAGCGACAGGUCCAGUACGGAGGACUGCUUGGUGCUGAUCUGCUGCGGCCUGUAUGACCUGCUGAGGGGUGUCCUGCUGCUCCUGCCCGACCUCAUGCUGGAGGAGGUGAUGGACAAGCUCAUCCAGCCCGAGGCUCUCAUCGUCCUGGUGAACCACUCCUCCCCGCUCAUCCAGCUGGGCGUCAUGAAGCUGCUGGAUGCCUACUUCAACCGGGCCUUCAAGGAGCAGAAGGAGAAGUUCCUGAAGAACCACGGCUUCUCUCUGCUGGCAAACCAGCUGUACCUACACCAGGGCACCCAGGCCCUGCUGGAGUGCUUCCUGGAGAUGCUGUUUGGCCGCCCUGUGGGGCUGGAGGAGGACCUGGAUCUGGAGGACAUGGAGAGCAUCUCCCCCUUCAGGAAGCGCUGCAUCAUCCCGGUGCUGGGGCUGAUCGAGAACUCCCUGUACGAGAACACGCUGGUGCACAACUCCCUGUGCGUGCUGCUGCAGCUGCUCAACGCCUGCCCCAGGCUGACCGACAUCCUGCUGGACCACGGCCUGCUCUACGUGCUCUUCAACACGCUGGCCACCCUCAACGGCCUGGAGAACAGCAUUCCGCUGAACGAGUACAAGCUGCUGGUGUGUGACGUGCAGCAGCUGCUGGUGGCCGUCACCAUCCACUCCUGCAGCUCCUCGGGCUCCCAGUACUUCCGCAUCAUCGAGGACCUCAUCACCCUCCUGGGGUACCUGCACUCCAGCAAGAUCCGCCGGACGCAGGAGAUGGCCGUGUCUCUGCAGUUCAGGGUCCUUCAGUCGGCCAUCGAGUUCAUCCGGACGACGGCCAAUCAGGACCCUCAGAGCCUCAGCGGCUCGGACCACCUGCCCACCUCCCCGCACCACGCCAUCCUGCAGAAGCGCAAGAGCAUCGCAGGCCUGCGGCGGUUCUCCCUGGCCCAGUCGGACUCCCUGUUGACGCGGAUGCGUUCGGUGGCGGGUGACGAGCUGACCAUGAUGAUGCAGCGCCGGAUGAGCCAGGAGAACCCCAUCCGCGCCAGCGAAAGCGAGCUCAUCCAGCGCCUGCAGAGGCUGGUGGUGCUGGCCGUCAACCGCCUCAUCUACUACGACAUCAGCCAAGACUUCUUCGACCUUCUGAACAUCCCAGAAUCCCCUGUGCACCAGGCAGCCCCGUCCGAUGCGGGGGAGCAGGAAGCCCCGGAGGAAAACGGCACAGCUCCGCCCCCCACCAACACGAAGAGCUUCCAGAAGGAGAUCCUCAAGCUCAUGAUGGAGGGGAUUAAGUUCGGCCUGGGCACUCUGGGAAGGGGCGGCGCUCCGAAGCAGCAGUGGAGGCGCAUCCUGUGGUCAUGCCGCGACACGUUCCGGGUACAGAUCGGCCGGCUCCUGAUUCACACCCUGAGCCCCGCGCGGCCCCUGCCCGAAAGGAAGGAGGCACUAGAGUUCGUUUAUGAGCCCAGCCACCCCGACAUCCUGCGUGAGAGCCUCAGUCCUGGACUGGAGCACGGCCCCAAACUGGCCCUCUACCUGUACGAGAUGCUCCACGACCACAAGGACAGCCUAACGAAGGAGGAGCAGACGGCCGCCGGCGUCUUCAUGACCUCCCUGAAGCUGUGUGGACACCGCUGCAUCCCCCCCAACGCCCCGCCCAAACCCGACCUCAUCAAGGCCAUCAAAGAGGAACAGGCCAAAUACCAGUCAGAUGAAAAAAUGAGCAAAGCAGCGUGGGAGAAGAAGAUGGGCAUUACGCAGAAGAGUCUGAUGCAGAGGCUGGACGGCAAGUCCAAGGACAUCUCCAAGAUCGCGGCGGACAUCACGCAGAACGUGUCCCUUCGGCAGGGCAUGGAGAGGAAGAAGGUGAUCCAGCACAUCCGUGGCCUCUACAAGGUGGACCUGAGCGCCAGCCGCUACUGGCAGGAGCAGGUGCAGCAGCUCACGCACGACAGAGCCGUGUGGUACGACCAGGCCUCCUACCGCACGUCCUGGCAGCUAGACCCCACCGAGGGGCCCAACCGGGAGCGCCGGCGCCUGCAGAGGUGCCACCUCACCAUCCCCAACAAAUACCUGCUCAGGGACCGGCGGAAACCCGAGGACCCAGUCAAGCCUCCGGUGUCGUACCUCUUCGAGGACAAGACCCACUCCUCCUUCUCCUCCACUGUGAAGGACAAAGCCACCAGCGAGCCCAUCAGGUUCACCAGACGGUGUAUCAGCGUAGCGCCCUCCAGAGAGACUGCAGGAGAGCUGCUGCUAGGGAAGUCUGGGAUGUAUUUUGUAGAGGAUAAUGCUGCAGAUGCCCACGACAGUCAGAGUCCUCAUGGGGAGACAGAGCCCGCCUCCUUCUCUUGGACCUACGAGGAGAUCAAGGAGGUCCACAAGCGCUGGUGGCAGUUGAGGGACAAUGGCGUGGAGAUUUUCCUCACCAAUGGCAGGACGCUGCUCCUGGCUUUCGACAACACCAAGUUCCGAGACGAUGUCUACCAGAACAUCCUUUCCUCCAACCUGCCCAACCUGCUGGAGUACGGCAACCUCACGGCCCUGACGCACCUGUGGGGCUCGGGCCAGAUCUCCAACUUUGAGUACCUCACCCACCUCAACAAGCACGCCGGGCGCUCCUUCAAUGACCUCAUGCAGUACCCCGUCUUCCCCUUUAUCCUGAGCGACUACACCAGCGAGACGCUGGAUCUGCAGGACCCCGCCAUGUACAGGAACCUCAGUAAGCCCAUAGCGGUGCAGUCCAAGGAGAAGGAAGACCGAUAUGUGGACAACUACAAGUACUUGGAGGAGGAGUAUCGGAAGGGUGCCCGUGAGGACGACCCCAUGCCCCCUGUCCAGCCCUACCACUACGGCUCGCACUACUCCAACAGCGGCACCGUGCUGCACUUCCUGGUCCGGAUGCCCCCCUUCACCAAGAUGUUCCUGGCCUACCAAGACCAGAGUUUUGACAUCCCGGACCGCACAUUCCACUCCAUGAACACCACGUGGCGUCUGUCAUCGUACGAGUCUAUGACUGACGUCAAGGAGCUCAUCCCAGAGUUCUUCUACCUGCCGGAGUUCCUGGUUAACAGAGAAGGGUUCGACUUUGGCAUUCGGCAGAACAGCGAGCGGGUCAACCAUGUCAACCUGCCGCCCUGGGCCCGGAACGACCCGCGCCUCUUCAUCCUGAUCCACCGGCAAGCACUGGAGUCGGACCACGUCUCCCAGACCCUGUGCCACUGGAUCGACCUGGUCUUCGGCGUCAAGCAGAAGGGGAAGGCGGCCGUGCAGGCCAUCAACGUCUUCCACCCCGCGACGUACUUCGGGAUGGACGUCUCUGCGGUGGAGGACCCCGUGCAGCGGCGUGCCCUGGAGACCAUGAUCAAGACGUACGGGCAGACGCCGCGGCAGCUGUUCGGCAGCACCCACAUCAGCCGGGCCGGCCCCCGCCUCAUCAUGGAGGGGGAGCUGCCGGCCGCCAUGGGGCUGCUGGUCCAGCUGGCCUUCCGGGAGUCCAAGGAGCAGUCCAAGGAGCUGGUGUAUCCGAGCCCCCUGCCCUGGAUCAAGGGUCUGAAGUGGGGCGAGUACGUGGGGUCCCCCAGCGCCCCCGACCCGGUGGUGUGCUUCAGCCAGCCCCACGGAGAGCGCUUCGGCUCCCUUCUGGCCCUGCCCACCCGCGCCGUCUGCGGCCUCUCCCGCAAGUUCUGCCUCAUGAUGAUCUACAGCAAGGAGCAGGGUGUGAGGAGCAUGCACAGCACGGACAUCCAGUGGUCGGCCAUCUUGAGCUGGGGCUACGCCGACAACAUGCUGCGGCUGAAGAGCAAGCAGAGCGAGCCGCCCAUCAACUUCAUCCAGUGCUCCCAGCUGCACCAGGUGACCAGCUGUGCCUGGGUGCCAGACAGCUGCCAGCUGUUCACGGGGAGCAAGUGUGGAGUCAUCACUGCCUACAGUAACCGCUUCACCAGCACCACGCCCUCGGAAAUGGACGUGGAGUCCCAGGUGCACCUGUACGGCCACACGGCAGAAGUGACGGGCCUGUUUGUCUGCAAGCCCUACAGCGUCCUCAUCAGCGUCAGCCAGGAUGGUACCUGCAUCCUGUGGGACCUCAACAGGUUAUGCUAUGUACAGAGCCUGACAGGACACAAGAGCCCAGUCACAGCAGUAUCUGCCAGCGAGACUACAGGGGACAUAGCUACAGUGUGUGACUCAGUGGGGGGCGGCAGUGACCUUCGUCUGUGGACAGUGAACGGGGAUCUCAUCGGGCACGUCCACUGCAGGGAGAUCAUCUGCUCGGUGGCCUUCUCCAACCAGCCGGAGGGCGUGUCCGUCAAUGUCAUCGCGGGGGGGCUAGAGAACGGAGUGGUCAGACUGUGGAGCACAUGGGACCUGAAGCCUGUCAGAGAGAUCACCUUCCCUAAGUCCAACAAGCCCAUCAUCAGCCUGACCUACUCGUGCGACGGGCACCACCUGUACACGGCCAACAGCGAGGGCACGGUCAUCGCCUGGUGUCGCCGUGACCAGCAGCGGAUGAAGCUCCCCAUGUUCUACUCUUUCCUUAGCAACUACGGCGCUGGAUGACCCCGUCCUAGACCCCCCACCACCCCCC